CCUCCUUCAACCUAGCAAGCGCCAUUUAUUACAAUACGCCAUUAAUGUUUUCUAGACACACACUGUUCCGCACCAACGCAACAGGCACUACCGGCAGCGACCCGCUUUCAGCUGGCGACAGCAGUUCGCAGGAGAUGGUAGGAGCGUUAAACAAGCUUGAGCCCGUGGCUGAGACAUCGCGCAGGCGGCAACAAUCCGAUGCUCCUCAGUUUGGAAGGCACGAGAUUAUGAAGGAAAUGAAGGCGACCGAGAUGAACCAGCAUCAUGACAAGUCGUUUCCAAGCACAGGGUUUUCGCGGUCACGCAAGGCGUCGCGCGUGUCCCUGCAUACGGGCAGUGAGGUGAGCGGGCUGGGAAUAACAGCAAAGGGCCAGGAGCCACGGCAGGCGCAGAGCGCACCGCCGACAGAGCACACAGAUGCCGCCACAGAUGAGAAGAAUGCACUGGUUGCUUUGCUACCAGAGUCACUGGGAAAGAGGCUGUGGCAGCACUUCCAGGUGGCGGCAGGCAUGGCGGACCUGCGCGAUAUGGUGGCCAACAGCGCAACCGGGCUGGUAGUCUUGCCGCAGGCGCCAUUCCGCGGGCCAGACGAGCCAGACGUAGGAGCACUUUUGAACGACAACGUGCUAUUCACCGAUUCAGACGUGCUGGCGGAGGGCAGGAAGUGUAAGUUCACGACAGUCAGCGGGAUCCGCGGCACAAUCGACUGCAGUUCGGUGAACGCGCUGGGAAUGCUGCCGCCAGUCGAGGAUAUCAUGGGCAUGAUGGCUGAGUCGGAGACGCCGCGAGCCACAAUCUUUGACGUGCUGGAUGACGAACGGACCCAGCCGCUGGUACGCCUGCGGAUAGUCAGCAUCCAUGACAACUGCAGGCUGCCGGAUGGCCGCAGCGUGCGGGUGGCAGUGACAUCGGGGGCGCUGCAGCGGGCACUGGUGGUGGACUCGGCAGUGACAUCACUAUCGGCCAAUAUCUACGAGGCCGCUAAUGCAACAAUCAAGGCGCUGCUGCCACAGGCCACGGCGGCGCUGACCGAAGACGACCAGAUAAAGGUUGAUAUCGAGGACAUCGUGCAAUAUGCGCGGCAGAUAGAGUCGCGCACGCCACCGCUGCCUGGACGGCCUGCAAAAGGCGGUGUGGUGAGGCGGCUGACGCUGGGCAGUGGGAGCGUCGAGAAGACGCCCAGCGUCGAGGAGGACACCGACGCAUGGCAGGCGGCUAUGGCCAAGCUGAUGGGCAAUCUUGCAGCGCACUUUGAUGAGCUGGAACAUGAGACCAGCAUGUGCGGUGACGCUGAGGCGCGCAGGCGGCUGGCAGAGGCAGUGAUCGAGUGUGUGGAGAAGCUGGUGUGCGAGUCUGUGUACGCCAAGGUAUUCGCUCCAUGGUUCAGCGACGACCGCACGCAGGACGAGCAGUUUGCGUCCAAGGUGGCCGCCCUCAAUCUGGCUGAUAUUCGGCUCGAGCAUCUGGGUCUGAAGGCCGCCCCGCAGACCGCAAAGGAGCUGGUGCGUAUUGCGCGCGAGACUGGCGCCCAGCUACAGGGCAUGAAUGCAGUUCGGUCGCCGGCCGAGAAGCUCAAGCUGGUGGUAGACGCACACAAGACCAUGGUGGACCGGAUGGACCGCCUCAAUGCCAGGCUGCGCGCUGGACAGCAGAAAGAGCCAGCACAGAAGCCCGAGGACUCGCCGACAUCGUCGCUAUUGUCGGCAGACAGCAUCCUGCCGCUGCUGAUUUUUGCUGUGGUCACGGCCAAUCCGCAGAGCUUCAUCUCCAACCUGCGCUUUAUCCAGCGGUACCGGACCCGCGCGCUCCUGUCGGCACAGUUCGAGUACUGUCUGACCAAUGCCCUGGCUGUGGCCUCGUUCGUCGAGUCGGUCGAUGCACGAAAGCUGGGGCUGUCGGCUGAAGUGUCUGCCAGCGUGCUGGAGCGCGCAAUCCCGCCCGCGCUGAUGUCUUUGCAGAACCUGCUGUUCAACAACGCCAUGAGCAAUGUGGGCAUUGAGGUCGUCCAGGGGGUGUAUGGCGCGACGCUGGGGAAGCUGAUUGAUACCAGCAGCCAGCUAAUCAUGCGUGCACCGUGGCGGUCGCCCAGCGAUCGGGAGCUGCAGCAGGGCGUUGCCCACGAUGCCGACGAGAAGACUCUGGACCAGAGCAAUGUCAUUGAAGGCGUGCGGUCGGUUCUGAACACCGCCAGCGAGCAGCUGUCGCACGAGAUCAAGGGCCAUCUGCCACGCAGCAGCCCAGCCAUCAAGAGGGCAGUUGUGCCGGAGAUCAACGAGCGCUUUGUCAAUGCCACGGCAUCCGAUCUGACUAUUGCCGAAGUAUCGGAGCUGCUGGCUGCAUACCAGGAACUGGCAAAGUUUGUGCGGGGGUAGGCUUGAGUUCAUUGUUAUUUUUUAUUUUCAUUUUUGGCCUUAGCAGCUAACAAGAUACGCUGUCACGAUGAUGGUCAGAGCCGCGUUCGUGAACUUGUAUGUGACCAUGCUGUCUGCCGAUUCGUCCCACCGUGUCGC